AUGAUAAAAAGCUGCACGUUGCAAGAGACUGUUUUAUUUCUCUUUGUAUCAAUUUUGAUCGGUUUAACUCUUUAUUUGAGUAUAUCAAGAAACUACUUACUCCUACAUCUAUGGCGAGCAAUGCUAUGGACAAAGAUAAUUAAUCUUCAAGAUAUAUGAUUAAUAAUUGUUAUAACAAAAAAAAAUCAGCCAGUUCUCUAAAUCAUCAAUUCACUAUAAAUAUUCGUGAAUUGAAUUUUUUUUAUAACCUGAAGAAAAUAUUUUCGUAUACAAUUUUAUAUUAAAAAUCAAUUAAAAAAUUUUUUUAUUUGUUUCAGAAAGAAAAGUUAGGCCUAAAAGAUCUCGAUGAAGUUCAUCUUGGGCUUUUAGGUGCUGCUAUAGAAGGAGAUUAUGAAGAAUACAGCGAUUUAAUUGAUUCCUGUAACGAAUCAAUUUUGUCAAAUUAUUGUGAAAGGCUGGAACCACUUCAAAAAGGUGGAAGGGUGCUUUUUGCGUUCCUUAUUAUUGAUUUAGCGAUUUUACUUGUGUCUCAAGUCCUGGCGAUUCUUCAGCAAUUUCUAUUUACAAGAAUUGUAAAAGAAAUACAAGUAUUUCAAGAACCGAGGAAAAUACUGAAGAAUUCAGCCAAGUGCGUUGUUUUGUUUAGAAUGAUUAUUUUUUUACACCCAAUAUUGAUCUUGAUUGGCCUUGUUUUGUGAUUACUUCUUGGAGAAGUUGAAAAAUUGCAUGAUACAAUCAAGCUUGGAGAUGGGAUAAUUAUCCUCAUUGUACAGUGCUUUUUAAGUUUAUUCUUGACAGCAUUUUCAUUUUGGCAACUUUCCAGCGCCAAAAGGAGAAGGCUUCGUUUUUUGCUAACCCCCAAAGCCGUUUUUUUUUAAAUUUUUUUUUAAAUAAUUUUUUUAAAAAAAUAAUUAGUGCUCAUUAAUUAGUGAGAGAAUAAGUAAUCCUUUGAAAAACGAAAGUGUAUAUCAAGAAAAAACAGAUUUGAUACCUGAUACUAAGUAG